AUGGCAAUCCAGAAGAAGCAUGGUAAGGGUCGUUUGGAUAAGUGGUAUCGCCUUGCGAAGGAGAAGGGAUACAGAGCUAGAGCUGCGUUUAAGCUGAUACAGCUGAACAAGAAAUAUGGUUUCUUGGAGAAGAGCAAGGUCGUUCUCGAUCUUUGUGCUGCACCAGGUUCAUGGUGUCAAGUGGCUGCGGAGUGUAUGCCCGCUCAGAGUAUUAUCAUCGGUGUCGAUCUCGCCCCCAUCAAGCCAAUUCCACGAGUUAUCACUUUUCAGAGCGAUAUCACGACCGAGAAGUGUCGCACAACUAUCAGGCAACACCUGAAACAUUGGAAGGCGGAUACAGUACUUCACGAUGGUGCUCCAAACGUUGGUACUGCGUGGGUUCAGGACGCUUUUUCGCAAGCAGAGCUGGUCUUGCAGUCGAUGAAAUUGGCUACGGAAUUCCUUGUUGAGGGCGGUACCUUUGUCACCAAAGUCUUCCGGUCUAAGGACUACAAUGCGUUGCUGUGGGUUUUCAAACAAUUGUUCACGUCGGUGGAAGCCACAAAGCCCCCCUCGUCUCGAAAUGUCUCCGCCGAAAUUUUCGUCGUCUGCCGUGGCUUUAAGGCACCGAAGCGCAUGGACCCUAAGUUCCUUGAUCCGAAGCACGUAUUCGCAGAAUUAGCUGAUCCAACCCCAAAUAACGAGGCUCGUGUAUUUGACCCUGAGAAGAAGAAGCGCAAGAGAGACGGUUAUGAGGAAGGCGAUUGGACGCAAUUUAAGGAGAUACCCGUCACCGACUUCAUUAACACAACUGACCCAAUUGCCAUUCUCGGCCAAUACAACAAACUUAGCUUUCAACAGCCCCUCAAUGGAGACAUCGCACUGAGCACACUCAACCGGCUGGAAGAGACGACAGAUGAAAUUCGCACAUGCUGUGAAGAUUUGAAAGUGCUGGGCAAAAAGGAAUUCCGCAACUUACUACGAUGGCGAUUGAAAGUCCGUGAGAAAUUUGGUCUUGUCGUAAAGAAGGGAGGGCAGGCCAAAAAGGAUGAGCCCGAGGAAGUGGCUGAAAUUGCCCCAAUGGACGAAGAACUGGCCAUUCAGGAGGAACUGCAGCGCCUUAGGGAGAAGGAAAGCUCCAAAGCGAAAAAGGAGAGGCGGAAGGAGAAUGAGAAGAAGCGCAAAGAAAUCGUCCGCAUGCAGAUGCAUAUGACGACCCCUAUGGAUAUUGGUAUGGAGCAAAUUGGUCCUCUUGGAGAUGAUGCACCGUUUUCACUUAAGCGUGUUGAGAGAGAGGGUGCAAGGGAUACGAUCGCUGCUGGAAAAGAAGUAACUAUUGAGAGUGAAAGCGAAGAUUCAGAAUCCGAUGAUGAUGCUGAGAGUGAUGAUGAAGGCGAUCGACUGGAAAGAGAGCUCGAUUCACUAUACGAGCUAUACCAAGAUCGCAAAGAGGACAAGGAUACGAAACUAAGAGCCAAGAAAGCCAGGAAGGAUUUCGAAGCCGACGAAUGGGAGGGCUUUUCGGAGUCGGGUAACGAAGAGUCAGAUAACGAGGACUCCGAAUUUGGUACAGCGAAUGCGACGAGCGUAGCACCUCCGAAGAAUGGGACUUUAUCUAAUAAUGCCGCAUUGUUCUUUGACCAGGAUAUCUUCCAGGGCUUAGAGGAUAUUGAUGACGUCGAGGAUGAAGAUGAGGAUGAGAAUGAGAAUGAGGAUAGUGUCAUUGAGAUGGACGAGGACGACAAUGACCAUACGGAGAGCAAGGAUUCUGUUUCAAAGAAGCAGAAGGCAAAGGAUGCGAAGGCAGGCACGCAAAUGGUCUUGGACUCUUCGGAUGAGGAACCCGAGGAACUCGAUGAGCCUCGGAAGGAGAAUGGUCAGCUUGACAUUGACAUUAUCACUGCGGAGGCCAUGGCCCUGGCUCAGCAGAUGGCUAGUGGUGAAAAGAAGUCGCACGAUGUGACGGAUGAUGGGUUCAAUCGGUAUGCUUUCCGAGAUGUUGACGGUCUUCCGGAGUGGUUCCUCGACGACGAGACGAAGCACAGUAAACCAAAUCGACCCAUCACCAAGGCUGCUGCGGCUGCAAUCAAGGAGAAGCUGCGUGCCAUUAACGCUCGACCAAUCAAGAAGGUCAUGGAAGCAAAGGGUCGAAAGAAGUUCAAGGCUGCGCAGAAGCUGGAGAAACUACGCAAGAAGUCUGCAUUGCUGGCGGAUGAUGAGGCACUCAGCGAACGUGACAAAUCACAGGCCAUUUCGAAGUUGAUGAGCAAGGCGACCAAGAAGAAGCCUAAGCAGCAGGUGAAGCUGGUCGUGGCCAAGGGCAACAACAGGGGUAUCUCUGGUCGUCCACGCGGAGUGAAGGGCAAGUAUAAGAUUGUGGAUUCCCGGAUGAAGAAGGAUGUCCGAGCCCAGAAGCGUCUUGCAAAGAAGAAACAAAAGUAA